CUCAACUUUAUUGACGACCUGAGGAUUGAGGAGAACUGGGGUUGGAACCUACACCAACCCCUUACACUUUUUUGAGCUUAAUAGGCUUUAUUCCCACACCCGCGCACGCAUAUUCGCGCGCACGGGUUAUUCAACACCACCCACAACUUGCCUUCUAGACAUGGAGCCUAGAAGGGUAACAAGUUUUCCCCCAGCUCUGCAAAGAGCUGACUCUAUGCACGAAAGUGCAUAUGGUUCCAUGACCAACUCCAAUGCUGGUGACGCCAGCAUUGGUCAACCCAAUCUUGACCAGAUUGGUGUUUCCACCGUGUCUCUAGGGCCUGUUGAUCCCCCAGACACGUCUAAAACGUCUCCAGAGCUGACAUUGGCUGAUUUCUAUCAGCUGCUCAAGUCGGACUUGGUCCAGAUGGAGACCCGGCUGUCCGAGUCUCAGGACAGGAUCGAGCGCAGAUUGACUGCGGUCGAAGAACGACAAAAUCGUCGUUUGCGCCGGUCCCAAAACGUGCCGGUUCCUUUGGAGCUGUCCCAGCCCAAUCCCAUUCUCCCUCAACCAGUCCCAUGCCAGGUUGAGAGCAGUCCGGCGCCUGCGGACUGCAAACUCGCAGAAGCGUGUAGCGCUUCUGCGAGUCCUGAGCCGUUACCGGCUCACACUGUCAUUACCGGGUCUGGAACCGUCCCAGACCCGAUCCAAUGCCAUCCUCAACCGGUUUUAGACCAGGUUGAGAACAGUCCAGCACCUGUGGAGCGCUUCAGCGAGUCUGGAACCGUCCCAGACCCGACCCGAUCCUCUCUCCCACCCGUUGGGCCCCCUUUCCCAGAGCCCCGGAGGGAGUUUGAGUUCCUGGAGAACUCGGCGCUUGCCGUUCUGGCAAGCGCGAUCUUCCUUAAGCCCAGUAGAAAUACUGGGCUACACCACUUGAGAUCGGCUGAUACAGCCGAUCAGCUGCCUUCAUAUCUGAAGGGAGAUCGCGACUCGAAGGACAGGAUCAAAUCCUGA